AUGAACACCUUUUCAUUUUCCAUACUCCUCGGUGCCCUUCUCUCGCAAGCCGAUGCUGCUGAGCAGAAGCACAUCGAUGAAGCCUGCAAUGAUGUUUCGGGAAUCAUCGGAUGUAGUAGCACUUUUACGUAUCCCGACUACCCGAAAGCCAUUUAUAACGGCAACGGUGUCCAGACUGAUACAGAAAUUGUGCCUAAAGAAGUCAAUAUCUGUACCGCUGUCGAGGAGGCACUUGGCAGUCCCGGCUUUGUGAAUAACGCCGAAACGUAUUGCUCUUGUCUCUCAAAUGCCAUUUACUGGGGCACCAGUUCAAAUGCCAAACCCAGCUACGACGGUCAGAUCAAUGCGCACUUAACGCAGGGAUACCUUGACGUGAUAUCCAGGGAGGAAACAUGUCUUUCCGACAGUGGAUACAGCGUAGUGACGGACAGAGCAUCGGUGGUUAGGAGCCAGCUUGCAGCAACAAAUGGGUGGACUAUCCUUCGAGCCCCUGAGAUUGACGUAGCGACGUACAAGAAGCUCGCCGAAGCGGUAAUGUCCUGCUAUACAGGAACGUAUGACGGCCCCAAAGUUCGUGCCUUUUUCGCCAGCUACGUUCAAAACUCAUACAGCAUCACCGAAAGCGAUUUCGUCGGGAUGCUCAACAAAUGGGUUUCCUUGUUUGACGCUCUCAGGGAGAAGACAACAGAUGUUCAGGCCUAUUCGAAGCAAGUUCAAGCGCGUCUCAAGAAUGUCUCCGCCAAAGUCAACUCAGUCAAGGCCAACGUCUGUAAAAACAAUGCCUGUAAGGGGACGACGCCUUCCAACGCGUUCAAGAAGUAUGUAAGCACGAUGACAACAGUCAAGAGUCUGCAAGGUGUCCCCAGUGCUGCAGGGAAGUCACUCGCAAACAUUCCCAAGAUGAAGCAGAUUACACAGAAUGCCAUCAAGUACACCACAACCCCGGCAGAUGAGGCCUACUAUCUGAAGUUGAUGAAUGAAUAUCGCAUCAACUCUUUGAGAGACGUGAUAAAGGCCUUCAGGGUGACUCAGUAUUUCCCCCAGGCAGCAGAUGACUUAAAAAAGCUCACUGGGACUUUCAACCUCAUCAGCAACCAUGCGGGCGCCGCAAAGACUGCUGCCACGUCCAUCAAUCAGAUCCUGUCUGUCAAUUGGGCCAAGAACUCUGAGCUUUCCAAGACGGAAUCUGGCCGCAAAGUCCGUGAUGGUCUUAUCAGCAUCCAGAAGAGCUUCAGGAAUGAUCUGAAAGGCCCCCUUGAAAAUCUCAUCAAGGCCAACAAAGCAGUAGAAGAUAUCCUCGUUCAGCUACCUCUUCGGAAGAAGAGACUUGGGAUUUUGUCUGGGGGUGUCUCUUACAGCCACUGGAUCGAGGCUAAAAUGCCUGUGCCGUGCAAGAAAGAGGAGACAUAUUGUAAGGCCAUUGGGGGCAUCGAGGGGAAAAUGACCUACCAGGAAGUCCAGGCUUGUGAGUUUGGACCUCAAAAGGUUCCAUUCAUUAAAAAUGUCAUUCCAUAUAUGAAGUAUCGCUUUGUUUGA